UCCAUCAGAUUAUUACUUGGAUGGAGAAGUAGGCACGUUGCAACUUUUUAGAGUCAAGUUUAAAUAUUAUGCAGUUUUGUAGGUGGCACAUGAUUGUAAUUUUUUCUGCUAUAAGAGGCGGUUCGGAUGCAAAAUUGCAACGACUUGCUAAUUAGUAAUUAGGCGCGGGUACAUACCUUACGUAGGCAUUUAAAGAAUGGGUUAGCCGACUCCUUUGUUAGUGUACGAGAACCGGCGGUGUAGCAACCAUAUUAUUCUGAUAAAUCCUCAUAAGCAUUGGUAUUUUUUUCAUACUCCUUGUGUGACGGCUUUUUUGAAGGCUUACCGGCUGGUAAGCAGAAGAUUAAAUAUAUUGCUAAGUAUGGAAGGACAUGAGGACGUGGUGCUGUCAGGUCUAUCCGGGCGCUUGCCCGAAUGUGACACUAUCGAAGAGUUUGCAUCCAAGCUGUUCGCUGGCGUUGACCUUGUAACAGAUGACGAUCGACGCUGGACGCCAGGUAUGUACGGAUUGCCACAACGAUGCGGAAAGCUAAAGGACCUGGCGCACUUCGACGCAGCAUUCUUUGGAGUGCACGCAAAGCAGGCAGAAAUCAUGGAUCCGCAACUGCGACUGCUGUUGGAAGUCACACACGAGACAAUGGUAGACGCUGGAUACAACCCUACCGAGCUGCGCGGCUCACGCACCGGUGUCUACGUGGGUCUUAUCCAGUCUGAAAGUUUCCAAGGGUGGUCUCAAGAUAUGGAAAAAAUCAAUGGCUAUGCCUUGACUGGCUGCAGUAAUUCCAUGUUCCCCAACCGGAUUUCCUUCGCAUUUGACCUCAAGGGGCCAUCACUGUCUAUGGAUAUCGCAUGUGCAGGUUCUAUGCAUGCGUUGGUACAGGCUUGGAACGACAUCCGAGCAGGCCGUUGUGACGCCGCUAUAGUCGCAGGCACAAACAUCUGCCUCAGCCCGUCCACAACACUGAGCUUCCAUCGCUUAUCUAUGCUCUCACAAGAUGGCCGUUGCGCUGCUUUUGAUGACUCUGGACGCGGCUACGUACGUUCUGAAGCGGUCGUAGCAGUAUUUUUGCAACGACGCAGUGCCGCGCGUCGGGUGUACUGCACACUGCGCGGCGCGAAGACAAACAACGAUGGUUAUAAGAAGGAGGGCAUCAAUUACCCUAACGGAGACUUUCAGUACCGAAACGCCCUUGAGACUUUUGAAGAGGCUCAAUUGCGUCCGCGGGAUGUCGUUUACGUGGAGGCGCACGGCACUGGCACCAAGGUGGGAGAUCCAGAGGAAGGAAAUGCGAUCACGAAGCUGUUCUGCAAAGACCGCAAAGGUCCACUACUGAUAGGUGCCGUCAAGUCCAACAUGGGCCAUCCGGAGCCAGCCUCCGGAUUGUGCUCCGUUGCUAAAGUGGUCAUAGCAAUGGAGCAUGGUAUUAUCCCCGCUAGUCUGCACUACAAGACCCCUAAUACCGAAAUACCUGCACUCAUUGACGGCCGCAUUAAGAUGGUGGUCGAAAAUACGCCAUGGCCAGGUGGCUUGGUGUCGGUGAAUUCCUUCGGGUUCGGCGGAGCCAAUGCACACUUGAUUCUCGAGGGUGGACGCGGAGACCGUUCACAGCCCGCUGAGUACCCGGCACCGCGUCUAGUGCUCGCUUCAGGCAGAACUGACGAGGCUGUCAAGCAGCUGCUACAGCUAGCCGCACUACAUCCGCGCGACUUCGAGCUUCACGCUCUGUUGGACGUGGUUCAUGCGCGCUCCAUACCAGGGCACCCACACCGUGGUUACAUUGUACUUGAUCCGGAGCGAGGCUCACCGCCCGUGCAGGAGGUGCUCGAGAACGACGGCGACUCACGCCCCGUGUGGUUUCUAUUUAGCGGCAUGGGCUCGCAGUGGGCCGGUAUGGCUCGAGAGCUGAUGCGUCUGCCGUUAUUCGCUGCGAGUAUCGCGCGAUCGGCAUUGGCACUAGAACCCUACGGCGUAGACCUCAAGCAUGUAAUCACAGAGGCGCCAAAGUCAGCCUUUGAUAACAUCAUCAACUCCUUCGUGUCCAUUGCCGCCGUGCAGGUGGCGCUGGUAGACGUGCUGAGUGAGCUUGGUAUUCACCCUGACGGCAUAAUUGGACACUCUGUUGGUGAAAUCGGAUGCGCAUACGCGGACGGAACACUAACAGCAGAGCAAACGGUUUUGUGCGCGUAUUGGCGCGGACGCUGUAUGCUCGACUCGGUACCAUCGUCGGGUGCCAUGGCUGCCGUUGGUCUCUCCUGGGAGGAAUGUGCCCGUCGCUGUCCCAUUGACGUCGAGCUCGCCGCACAUAACUCUACUAAUAGCAUCACGAUUUCGGGUCCCUUAUCGUCGGUAGAGAAGUUUGUCCAGGAGCUGUCGGCAGAUGGCGUAUUUGUACGUAUGGUGAAUACUGCGGGCAUAGCGUUCCAUAGCUCGUACAUUGCGGGCGUCGGACCUCUCUUGCUUAAGAGACUGCAACAAGUCAUUCCUGAGCCCAAACCUCGUAGCGCGCGCUGGCUUUCCUCGUCCAUUCCUCAAGAUCAGUGGAAUUCAGAUGUUGAUCGGCUGAGUGAUGCCGCGUACUUCGUAAACAACCUAGUGUCUGUGGUGCAGUUUGCGCCCGUGCUGGCUCAGGUGCCGCAGCGGGCGCUAAUGCUGGAAAUCGCUCCUCACGCGCUCCUUCAAGCCAUUGUCAAGCGUGCGAUGCCAGAUGCUAUACACGUCCCUCUGGUGCGUCGCAAUGCAACCGACACUCUCGUGCAUCUCCUUACUGCAGUGGGUAAAACCUAUGGAGCCGGAACACAGCCUCAGGUAGCGCAGUUAUACCCGCGUGUAUCGUGGCCGGUGUCUCGCGGUACCCCUGGACUGGCGUCACAUAUCGGCUGGGACCACAGAGUCGAGUGGAGUGUAUGUGACUUCAUGAAGGUUAAAGAGAACAUCAUUGAGUACGAUCUCGACAAGCCUGAAGACGCCUUUAUUGCCGGACAUAACAUUGAUGGCAGAAUCCUCUUCCCUGCGACCGGAUACUUGUUGCUGGUGUGGCGAACGUUAGCGAAGAUUAAAAAACUGGAAAUAGAGCAGACUGCGGUUGUGUUCCAAAAUGUACAUUUUCGUCGUGCCACCAUCAUGUCAAACUUCGUUCCAGUGUGCUUCCUUGUUUCACUUCUCAGUGGUUCAGGCGAGUUCGAAGUCUGCGAGGGUGAUGAAGUGGUAUUCACUGGUACAGCCAGACUUACAGCUGACCCAGAUGCUGAACGUUUGCCAGCCACUAUGCUAGAUGAUGAUAAUACUAAAGAAGAAUACGUGCCUUUGCUUAGCUCAGAAGACAUUUAUAAAGAGCUGCGCCUUCGUGGUUAUAACUACAAAGAUGUAUUUCGUGGUAUUAUAUCUUCAAAUAAACUUGGCACGCGCGGCCAGCUCGAAUGGGAAGGCAACUGGAUCUCUUUCAUGGACGCUAUGAUGCAACACUCCCUUAUUGGCAUCGAUAAGAGGCUCUUGUAUUUACCGACCCGUCUGCAACGAGUAGUGAUCGAUCCUGCGGCACAGCGUAAGGCUGCUACAGAAGAUGGCAUAGCAGUUCAGGUUAACCGCAACUUAAACGUUAUUGUUGCCGGUGGAGUCGAGAUGCGUGGCAUGCAGACUUCGUUAGCACCACGCCGCACCAAAGUUCAGGCAGCACCUACACUAGAGAAACACGUGUUCAUUCCUCUGAUAUCCGGGAAUGUAGACUGCAAUCCGCUUUUAACCUUAGUGCAACUGGCGCUCGAAAACUGCAACGUGCUUAAGUUGAAACUUACCGAGCAAGCGCACUGUCGGCCCGUACAGGCGUUUUUGCUGCCACGCGUAGUGCAAGUAUUAGAAUCUGUACCGGGGGUGCGCGUAGACGCAACGCUAGUCACUGAUGCAGGUGCACAACAGUAUGCUGCCACUAUGGAACCACUUGGAAUAAAGGUACUGGCAAACAGCGCGUUACAGACCGAUUGCCACGUGGUGUUAGGUUCAAACAUCUUUUUAAAGCAUGAAGAACUAUCUGCAUUGAUAAAGGCAUGCAUUCCUAAUGGUUUUGUGUUGCUGGAAGAGCCGUUACAUGAGCUAGACGAGUCGUCGAUACAGGCAGCUGUUUCCAACUUUGGACUCACAUUGGUAUCUCGUCGUUGCUCGGAAUCCUUUGAAUAUCUGCUGCUGAAGCGCACAGCUCCGAUGCCAGCGUCUAAAUGUAUUAUUGAAGUGCAUGAAAAUAACUACUCCUGGGUAGAUCAGUUGAAGGUCGCUAUGAAGAAAGCUGAAAACGAAAACCUGUUGGUUUAUGUGUGGUCGAGCGCACUUGAUUCCGGUUUGCUGGGUCUAGGGACCUGCUUGAGACGAGAGCCCGGAGGUGACUGCCUGCGCGUAUAUUACUUACCAGAGGCUACAGACCAGUUCGAUCCCGAUGCCCCACCGUAUAAGGCACAGAUCCGCCAAGACUUGGCAUUCAAUGUAUUGCGCGCCGGUGUUUGGGGUACCUACCGCCACUUACCACUUGAUGACCCGACACAAGUCAAGCAAGAGGUGGAGCAUGCGUAUGUAAACACGUUGACUCGCGGUGACUUGUCAUCUUUGCAUUGGAUCGAGAGCGACCUGAAAUAUGCCACUGUUGCACCGGAGCCGCACACUGACCUAUGCCAUGUCUACUACUCAUCGCUUAACUUUCGCGAUAUCAUGCUCGCUACAGGCAAGCUGCAACCUGACUCACUGCCUGGACAUCUCGCUCAUAAGGGAUGUAUACUUGGGUUAGAGUUUAGCGGAUAUUCAUCAACAGGUAAACGCGUAAUGGGUAUAGUUCAAACAAUGGGCCUAGCAACUACGGUUCAGGCCGACGUGUGUCUAAUGUGGGAGGUGCCUGAUCAAUGGACUCUAGAACAGGCAGCGACCGUGCCAGUGGCGUAUGCGACAGCAUAUUAUGCUUUGGUGAUCCGCGGGCGCAUGCAGCCUGGUGAAUCUGUCCUAGUGCAUGCAGGUGCUGGUGGCUUAGGCCAGGCUGCUAUUGCAAUCGCACUGCAUGCCGGUUGUACCGUUUAUACUACUAUAGGCUCGCCCUCCAAACGUGCCUUUCUACGCGAACGCUUCCCGCAGCUGCUGGAUGCCAAUAUUGCCAACUCGAGAGACAGCUCGUUUGAACAUGUCAUAUUGCGUCGUACAUGCGGUCAUGGCGUCGAUCUCGUGCUCAACUCACUAGCAGGCGACAAACUUCAAGCAUCACUACGCUGUCUCGGCCUUAAUGGUCGCUUUCUCGAAGUCGGUAAAUUUGACCUGAGCGCAAACACGGCUCUCGGUAUGGCUGUACUACUGAAAAACACCACAGUUCACGGCGUCUUAUUGGACGCUUUGUUUAGUGAGAGCGGAGAUAACCCAGAAAAGGCCGAAUUAAGGCGAUGCGUAAGAGAAGGCAUUGCUAACGGCGCUGUUCGUCCUUUGCCCACAACCGUCUACGACUAUGACCAGGUCGAAAAUGCCUUUCGAUACAUGUCGAUGGGCAAGCACAUAGGUAAGGUAGUGGUUCGUGUGCGCAAGGAAGAACUAGAAACUAAAACGUUGACGAAACAACUGCUGCCAGCCAUUCCUCGAUCAUACAUGCAUCCUGGAAAGAGUUACGUGCUCAUCGGUGGACUUGGUGGUUUUGGUCUGGAACUGUGCGAGUGGAUGAUAGGCCGCGGCGCACGAACUCUCAUGCUCAAUUCACGCAAAGGCGUGUGCACUGGUUACCAAUCCUGGUGUGUCCGCAGAUGGCAAGCCGCGGGUGUUCGCGUACUAAUGUCAAGCGCAGAUGCAACGACCGAGGAUGGAGCGCGCGCGUUACUGCAAGAGGCGUCUUCGGCUUCGCCUGUUGGUGGCAUCUUCAACCUCGCCGCUGUGCUGCGUGAUGCACUCUUAGACAACCAGACGCAGGACACCUUCAGUACCGUCACCAAACCUAAGAUUGAUGUGACGCGAAACCUGGAUAAGUUGUCACGUUCACUGACACCGGAGUUAGAUCACUUCGUGACGUUUUCUUCGGUAUCAUGUGGGCGUGGAAUCGCGGGUCAGAGCAAUUAUGGGUUCGCUAAUAGCGCCAUGGAACGGGUCUGUGAGCGGCGGCGCGCGGACGGUUUACCAGCGCUAGCGAUACAGUGGGGUGCAAUCGGUGACGUGGGACUUGUGGCUGCCAUGUUUGGAGAAGAUGCAGAAGUGGGAGGCACAGUGCCACAACGCAUCGCAUCAUGCUUGGAUACUUUGAGUACGCUCCUGCUUGCGCCGCAACCCGUAGUCUCGUCCAUGGUACUGGCUGACCAGCGGCGCACCCAGGAGAAGCCAGCGCAGACCCUCGUACACGCUUUGGCUAAUGUUCUCGGUAUCCGUGACGUCAACAAGGUGUCCUCAACUGCGACCCUGAUGGAGCUAGGGCUGGACUCGUUGAUGCUCGCAGAGAUCAAGCAGGUGCUCGAACGUAACUACGACGUGGUGCUCGGUGCGCAGGAGAUCCGCGCGCUCACGUUUGACAAACUUCGUUACAUGGCGGCUGAAGCUGACGGCACGAUAAAGGACGCCAUAGCAUGAUAGCUCCUUUGCAUUUGAAGGGAGCGGAGCGGAUUUUGUGAAUCGUUUUUAUGUUUAUUUUUAAUUUAAGUAAGUUAUUUAUUAAGUAUUACUUAAAACUAAUAAUCUCCCUGACCCGACAACCCUCGACAGAAUGUCGUGGCGCAUAUAGUAAUUAGGAAAGCCGACCCCACUCAAAGUAUGCAAAAUUAUAUGCAUGGGGUACUGUACAAAUGGUAUGAGAUGAGAUAACGUUAUGAAUGCGAGUGCAGUGAAAGUGGUUUGUCACGAACAUAACAAAUGGAAAUAUAAUUGAAUUGAUUAAUGUCCCGCCCAUUGUAGUAAUUAGUUAAAAUAUAAUGUGCAUAUGUCUAAUUUACAAUUAAAAGUUAGGUACCUACCAUGUUGUCACUAUUUAGUUAUGCAAGUAAGGACGAUCGAAUAAAUAAUUCGUAUUUUACUAUUCCUGACAUGAUUGAUUUAUGUUCCUACAGUCGAGCUUGUUCAAUACUCACAAGAUUAGUAUUCCAGACGAAUUCAGUGCGUAGAUGGAAAACAGUUUUCUAGAAAACGCUUAACUAAAGCUAACUCUUCCGCGGAAAAACAGACAGAUGAACGUGGAGAAUCCUAGUUGACUACGGCCAUGGAACUCUAAAAAUAAAAACUACAAUUACGUUGGGCGGAGUCGUUUUU